AUGGUUAAAGUUACAGUUGCAGGAGCUGCUGGAGGUAUUGGUCAACCAUUAUCUUUGUUGUUAAAAUUAAACACUAAUGUCACUGAGUUGGCAUUAUUCGAUAUUGUCAAUGCUAAAGGAGUUGCUGCUGAUUUAUCACACAUCAAUACCCCAGCAGUAGUCACGGGUUAUCAGCCAAAGGACAAAGAAGACAAAACAGCCAUUGUUGAAGCCUUGAAAGGGACUGACAUUGUCAUCAUCCCUGCUGGUGUUCCACGUAAGCCGGGUAUGACUAGAGCUGACUUGUUCAAUAUCAAUGCAUCAAUCAUUAGAGAUUUGGUUGCCAACAUUGGAAGAACAGCACCAAAUGCAGCAAUUUUGAUCAUUUCCAAUCCUGUCAAUUCCACAGUUCCUAUUGCUGCGCAAGUUUUGAAGAAACUAGGUGUAUUUAACCCAAAGAAGUUGUUUGGUGUUACUACUUUGGAUAGCGUUAGAGCAGAAACUUUUUUUGGUGAAUUAACAAAUACCAACCCAAAUACUUUAAAGGGCAAAAUCUCCGUCAUUGGUGGUCACUCGGGUGAUACAAUUGUCCCAUUGAUCAACUACAAUAAACUGGUCGGUUUAAUAAGCAGCAAAUCCCAAUAUGAUGAAUUUGUUCAUAGGGUUCAAUUCGGAGGUGAUGAAGUUGUCAAGGCAAAAAAUGGUGCAGGUUCCGCCACUUUAUCAAUGGCAUAUGCUGGUUACAGGUUUGCCGAAUAUGUGAUUGAUUCAUUAUCUGGUCGUCUGAAAAAUGAACCAGUUCCCGACUCUGCUUACAUCUACUUGCCAGGGAUUUCCGGAGGAAAAGAGUUUUCAAAUGCCCACUUACAAGGUGUUGAUUUCUUUUCAGUACCAGUAUUCUUGAGCAACGGGGAAAUCAGUUCCUUUAUUGAUCCAUUCAAAUCACUCACAGUUACAAAUGACGAAAAGAAACUAAUUGAGGUUGCUUUGAAAGGUUUGAAAGGUUCAAUUGACCAAGGUGUGCAAUUUGUUGAUGCGUCUAAAUUGUAA